AUGAAUAAGAAGCUGGAGACUGGUGUGAGAAGGAUUAAUCUUCGUCAACAAACCCCUGGGCGCGGCCAACAUGGAAGUUCAAUGCAAAGACUGGCAAGCUUGCUCACAGCAGCUCAAAGGGCGGAAUUGAUUGCCUGCGCAAUCAAACAGCCGAAUACUAUAGUGCAAGAAGACAAAGCCCUGUCACACAACCACCACGUACAACAGCUUGUAUAUGAUAAAGCUGAGGUGCAGUGGCUGUUCUGGUGUGGGAAUUCCCCAGAUCUCAACCCAAUUGAGCCUUGCUGGCCAUGGAUGAAGCGGUAUACAACCAAGAAGGGGGCUCCGAAGAAUCGCAAAGAUGCUAUCAAGGCUUGGGAGGAUUGCUGGAAUAUGCUCUUGCAGAAGCAGAUUCAAUCCCGGAUUGAACGGGUGCCAGUCCAUAUUCAAAAGAUUAUUGAGCUAGGGGGUGGGAAUGAGUAUAGGGAAGGCUGUACGCAGCAGGAUUGGAGACAGAAGAAUCCUCAGCAGGCUGAGCAGCAAGAUGAUGAGUUAGAAUGGGUAGAAAUUUGUAUGGAGCAUAUCAUAUCACUAUCCCCACUUUCCUUUUUCGGCAGCAGCGAUAGUAGGCUCAUACAAAAUUAUACGGUGCUAGUUAACCGUAGUAUCCACCUACAAUUUUAUCAAGACCAGCGUGGAUCAAAGAUGAGAAAAUAA